AAAAUAUCUAUAAAAAUCAGUUAUGCUAAUAAAAUAUCUAAUGAAAAAUUAGCUUUUCCUACAUGAAGCAGCCCAGUGCCAGCUGCAGCACAGGUCCUGUCCCUGCUGUCCCCAGGUUAUUCACGGACGGGCUGAUCUGGGCUCUGGCCAUGAGGUUUGCCAUCGAGCAGAUCAACAACAGCAGCUGGCUGCUGCCAGGGGUCACCCUGGGCUAUGACAUGUGUGACACCUGCUUUGAGCCCCUGGUGGCCCUUCAGCCCAGCCUCCUCUUCCUCACCCGCAAUGGCACCAGGUCCAUCGGGGUCCUGUGUGACUACAGCGAGUACCAGCCCCGCGUGAUCGCCGUCAUCGGGCCCCACAAAUCCGACCUGUGCCUGCUCACCGCCAAGCUCUUCAGCUCCUUCCUCAUCCCACAGGUGAGCUACGGCGCCAGCAGCGAGACCCUGAGCAACACAGAGCUCUACCCGUCCUUCUACCGCACGGUGCCCAGCGACAAGAACCUGGUGGAGGCCGUGGUGCUGCUCCUCAACCACUUUGGCUGGAACUGGGUGGCCACGGUGGCCAGCGAUGAUGAGUAUGGCCGGGGAGCCCAGGUGCUCUUCCUCAGCAUGGCUGGCACCAACAGCAUCUGCAUCGCCUUUGAGGGGCUCAUCCCCACCGAGCUGGCCGAGCCUGAUGCCACCAAGCAGCUGGAGAACACAAUUAAAUUAAUUAACAGCACCAAAGUCAACGUGAUUGUGCUGUUUGCACACAGCGUGCCAGCCCAGGCCCUGCUGCAGCACAGCCUGGCCAUGGGGCUGGGCAAGAAGGUCUGGCUGGGCAGCGAGGCCUGGCUGCUGUCGGACAUCGCCACCUCUGUCCCCAACAUCCAGAGUGUGGGGACAGUGCUGGGCUUUGUCAUGAGGACGGGGACAGUGCCAGGCUUCCAGGAGUUUGUGGCUGAGCUGUUCAACUCUGUGGCUCAGGAGGAGUUCUGCCAGCGCUCUCGGGAGCUCAGCGGGCUGGAGGACACCGAGGUGUUGGACACGCACUGCCGGCAGUGCGGCAAUGUCACCCUCGGGGACAUCUGGCCCAUGCUGGGGGUGACACCGGUGCAGCCCGUGCACGUGGCUGUGUACAGCGUGGCCCAUGCACUGCACAGGGCUCUGGGAUGCACCUCCAAAGGGUGUCCCAAAACACCUGUCAGGUCCUGGCAGCUGCUGCACUUCAUGAACACCCUCCCUUUUGAGGUGAAUGGGCAGAGCUUCAGGUUUGAUCAAUCCCACGGCACAAACACAGGCUACAAACUGAUCCUCUGGGCCUGGAGGGAGGGCACAGUCACCUACCUGCCCGUGGGGGACUACGACCAGUCCCUGUAUGUCCGGACAUCCCAGAUCCAGUUCCACACCCCAGACAAGAAGGAGCCCACAUCCGAGUGCUUCAGGCGCUGCCAACCAGGGCAAUUCAGAAGAACAAAAGGAUUCAACCUCUGCUGCUAUGACUGCACAGACUGCUCAGAAAACACCUUCUGGAGCAGCACAGACAGCACCAGCUGCUCCCCGUGCCCACAGCACCAGUGGGCUCCCACCCGCAGCACGCGCUGCCACAACCGCACCGAGCGGUUCCUGUCCUGGGAUGAACCCCUGGCCGUGGCGCUGCUAACCCUGGUGGCCCUCACUGCAGCCCUGAGCUGUGGGGCAGCCCUGCUGUUCCUGCAGCACCUGCAGAGCCCCCUGGUGCAGCUGGCAGGAGGUGCCAGGAGCCUCCUGGCCCUGCUCUGGCUGCUGCUGCAGAGCCUCAGCUGCUGCCUGCACGUGGGCAGGCCCAGCGCGGCGCUGUGCCUGCUGCAGCAGCUCUGCUACGCCCUGUGCCUCAAUGGCUGCUUCUCCUCCCUGCUGCCCAAGGCCCUGGAGAUCACCCUGGUGACAGAAUUCCCCCGCUGUGCCCCCAGGCUGCUGCGCUGGGUGACCCACGGCAGGGCCUGGCUGGUGGUGGCCGUGUCCAUCCUCACCCAGGUGUUGCUCUGCUGGUGCCACCUCCACCUGGGCCCUGAUUACCUGGUGGCUGACUAUGAAUCCCUGCCCAGGGAGGUGCUGCUCGUGUGUGGCACCCAGUCCUGGGCUGCUUUUGCCCUCCUGCAUGGCUACAACAGCUGCCUAGCCUUUGUCUGCUUCCUGUGCACCUUCAUGGUGCAGACCCCAGGCAGGAGGUACAACGUGGCCAGGGGCAUCACCUUUGCCAGCUUCAUCUAUUUCAUCAUCUGGAUUUUCUUUCUGGUGAUUUUUGCCACGCUGAGGACGGUGCUCAGGGCUGUCACCCAGAUCUGCACCAUCCUGGCCACCACCCUGGGCAUUUUGGCCAGUUACUUUGUGCCCAAGUGCUACAUCUUGGUGUUCAGGCCUGAUCUGAACACGAGGGAUUAUUUCCAGAACCUCUCUGAUGAGCAGCCAGAGGAGGACAGACAAUAAACCACUCCUUGUGUCACCUGCUCCUCACAAAACCUGGAUUUUAAGGAGAAAAUCCUGUUGAUUUUAAGGAGAAAAUCCUGUUUAUGAGCACUCUGUAGUCCCAGGAACAAUCACAUCUGAAUUAGAGUUGUGAAGCACAGGGCUCACAAGUCCAUCCUCUCCAUCCUCUCUGCAAACACAUUUCAGCCCCAAAAGGGAGCAAAAUUAGGUUCAGUUAAUGGAAGAACCUCCAGAAAUGGUAUUUUACACCCAUUUCUCAAGUCUGUCAGUGUGAGUCACCAACAGCACUUCCCUCUAAACACUUCUGGUAAUUUCCCUUUCUUAUUAAUUAACAGCUCCUGAGAUGGAUCCAGGAAUCCUUCCCCAAGUGUUGUCAGAAUAAUACAAUAAUUCUAAUAUAUCAAAUGCACCCAAUAAAAGAGGAGUAAAAAGAACAUUCUGGCAGGUACCAGCCUUUCCCAAACCUUGUAAGAAUUAUACAAUAAUUCUGAUAUAUCAAAUAUAUCCAAUAAAACAGGAGUAAAAAGAACAUUCUGGCUGGUGUCAGCCUUUCCCUAGCCUUGUCAGAAUUGUCAAAUAAACCAAAUAAAAGAGGUGUAAAAAGAACAUUCUGGCAGGUGCCAGCAGUGCUGUGUGGGACACAGAGGGGGCAUUUCCCAUUCAAAUCCCAGCUCAGUCCAUUUGUGUUCCAUGAAAAUCAGGGACAGGCACAUGUAAAUGAGCUCUGUGCAAAUCUCACCCUCCAAAGGCACAGCAGGAGCUUCCUCCCUCCCCAAAACCAGGCAAAAUUCACCCAAAACUUCACAUUUUUGCCAGGCAGUAUCCAGUCAAUACCCAGUCACAUCACCAAGGUUUUUCUUUUCCCCACUCAUGUUGACAAGGAAUUAUUCUGCUCUUUUAUUCCUAAAAAGUUUUUCCAUUUCUGCUUUUUUAUUCCCUAGAUUAAAAUUUUUCUAUCUCUCCACUGUGUG